AAGAAGGAAGAAAGACACCAUAAAAUAGAUGCUGGUACAGCAUAUGAAAAUGGAAAACAAGAAGAAAUCAAACAUGAAAGCAAUACUGGAAAAAGCGUACAACCUUCAAACUUAUGUGUGGGGAGAAGACGUAUAAAUUAUGCUAAAUUCAUUAACACAAAUGCAAGAACAUACAAUGACCCAGUUCCCUAUAUAGAUUCAUACAAAGGACCAGAAGAGCAGAGUAACUGGUGGUCAUAUGGUGAAUCAUUGGUGCAUGUCUUCCAACCACCUUAUGAUACUAGCAGCACCCAGAGGAGUGACUUCCAAAGACCAACAUGUCCAUUGGUAUUGCCAGUCAGACACAACAAGAUGCAGAAGCCUUCUUGUGGAAUAGUUCCUGUUGUCUGUCUGGAUGCAUCAAGAAAAUGCAAAAACAGCUUUAUAGAAUACAUCUCUUUUACACAUCAAUAUGAUGCCAGAAAAUCUCCCAAUGAGCCCAUCAAGGGCAAGAGACAUGGAACUUUUGUGCAGAGAGAGAUAAAACCAGGGAGUGAGCAAGUAGUUCCAAAGGGAGCAGAGGCAUUACUGAAUAGUCCGAGGUCAUGUUCAUCUGAACAGUCCAACAAAGAGAGAGGAAAUUCAGCAGGAAGCAGAAUGACCUCAUCAGGUCAGUGUGGAUAGAAUUCCCAAGAGCUGCUAGAGACUUAAAACUCACUAUCAAAACAGACAACCAGGCAGCCCCAGCAUGCCCCAGGAGCCCUGAGUGAAGGCCAAGGACUGACUGCAGGGAGUUUCACAACUGUAGGACAAGUUCUUCUUACCAGACAGGAGCCUUUAAAUCCUCAAAUAAAAAUCCAGGGUAAGUCAAAAUAA